AUGUCGAGGUUCCUUAAGCCAUUGCAAGAGUUUGUUGCUUCAAAGGCAGAUUUCAGAAUUGUCUACUCCACCGCAUCAUCAUCACAGGGAGCUCCGGAGUUCAUAACCAAUUCGACACAACGGGUUUGUGUACUUGACUCAUCAUUCAAUCCCCCACAUUUGGCUCAUUAUGCCAUAAUUGAAGAGCUGUUGAAAUCAAAUUUUGAUGAUGUUCCCAUUAAGAACAAAGUGUUGCUAUUAUUACUUUCGGUACAAAAUGCUGACAAGUUGCAUCCACAACCAGAAUCAUUUGAUCAACGAUUGGCAAUGAUUCAUCUAAUGGCCGAUCAUAUUGCUGCUAAUUUCCCCAUCACAGUUGCAAUUGGAUUGACAAAACAAGCAAUGUUUGUUAACAAGUCAUUAUCAAUUCUAAAUUACCUCGACUCACAACAAAUAACAAUAAAGCCGGGGUUCAAAUUGACGUUUUUAAUUGGAUUUGAUACUUUAAUUAGAAUACUUAAUCCGAAAUAUUACUUGCCGGACAAGUUAUCAGUAUCGUUGGAACAUUUUAUGAAGAUGACGGAUUUGGUGUGUUUAACAAGGCACAGCGAAACAGUUACAAUAAACCAACAACUGGUUUAUGUAAAAGAGAUAUCUCUUGGUCAACAUGAAGAGAUUCCUAGUCAUUGGUCUAAAAACAUCUUUUUAUUGAGAAAUAUGGAUGAAAAGGUAGCCACAUUUAGUAGCUCAGGUAUAAGAAAAGAGAUAGCACUGGGAGAUCCAGCGUGGAAGAAACAAGUCUUGCCAGAAGUUGCCAAAUACAUUGAAGACAACAAUCUUUACAAAGAGAAAAAAACUUGA